ACAGGUGCACUAAAAUCUCAGGAUUCAGCACUACACAAUUCAUCCAUGUAACCAGAAACCACUUGUACCUCAAAAGCUAUUGAAAUAAAUUUUUUUCAAAAAAGAAUGUUCAAAAUAAAUACAAUACACAAAGAAAAAAUAUUUUUAAAACAGGAAAUACAUACCCCCCCAGAAGUCGGUACUGUCUAAAAGCUGCUGUGGUGAAGCCUACCUUAUCCACUCGGUUAGUCAAUUAACCUAUAUUACUGAGGCCUCACCAUGAACCCACUAAAUGUGAAAGUCAGCCAAGUUCAAACUCAAGCAGGUUUAUCUUCAAAAUAGCUAGAAGAGAAAAAUUGGAAUGCUCCCAAUAUGAAGAAGUGAUAAUUGAGGUGAUGAAUCCCCCCAAUUAACUUGAUUUGAUAAUUGCACUUUAUAUGCUGGUAUCAAAAUAUCACAUGUGCUCCAUAAAUAUGUACAAUUAUUAUGUAUCCAUAAAAAUUAAAAAUAUUUUAAAAUUUUUAAAAUCCUGCAUAUAUGUUCACAUAUUUUAAAAAUCAAAAGAUACAAAGGAGUAUACAACAAUAAUUCUAUCCACUAACCACUCAGUUCCUUUCUUGAUGCAAUAAUCGCAUCAGUUUUUUGAGUAUCCAUUUAGAGUUUUGUUUUGUUUUGUUUUUGAGACAGAAUCUCACUCUGUUGCACAGGCUGGAAUGCAGUGGUGCAAUCUCAGCUCACUGCAACCUCCACUUCCCUGGCAUAUGUUUCUUCAAGCACAGAUUAACCCAGCAGAUGAAGAGUUUUUAGUAGACAUGGAGUUUCACCAUGUUGGCAAGGCUGGUCUCGAACUUCUGACCUCAGGUGAUUCACCUGCCUCGGCCUCCCAAAGUGCUGGGAUUACAGGCAUGAGCCACUGCACCCAGCCCAUCUAGAGAUAUUUGAUGCCUACACAAACACGCUUACACAUAUUCCCUGUCUUCUUUGUUAAAUGCAAGAAGGAACAUACUAGUCACUCUUGCUUCUUUCACUUAACAAUACAUCUUAGAGAUAUUUCAUAUCACCAAAUUAAAAAAAAAACUCAUUCUUUUUUGUGGCUGCUGGAUAUUCCAUUAUACAGAUGCACCAUAGUUCAUUUAAGGCCCUACCAAUGGACACGAAGACAGAAAAUAUGUAUAGCUUUGACAAGAAACAGAGAAAAAAGUUCUUGUUUCUAUUAAAUUCAUUGUUGUUCUUUCCACUGCUCACUUUGGAGGCCAAGAUACAGACAUCCGGUAAUAAGGACUUGCAGUGUUUACAUGACUAAAGUUGCAGUGUUUACAUGACUAAAGUUCAAACACCUUGCCGAAUAACAAAAGUGAAGGACAAAGCUCAGAAGCUUUGCUAUUCAUCAAAUAAACCCUGGCAUGACAGAAAACGCUUAUUUGGAUAAUUAUAUCAGCAUUUAGGUGUUUCUCACUUUAAAGGUUAAUGUUUAACAAGGAGAAAUGCAAAGGCAAGAAGGAAUGGUGCUGGGCAUUCAGCCUGUGGGUCUUCUUUGUAUUUUGCCACAGAUACGCGCCUCCUACCCUCAUUCUCAGUGGGAGACAGCCCGGCUUUAUUUAUGUAUUGUUUUUAGGCUGAGCAGCCACUGAGUGGAGAACGUCUCAUAGGAAACCCUCGCACGUGAUGCUAAGAUCCCCACUCCCUUGUGCUAGAAACCCACUUAUUUCCACUUGUGGCUCCAUGUCCACUCCAUAGUGCCAGCAUGUCACUCCAAGCCAGUUAGCCCUUCUAAAUCUGUUUCCACCUGUGAAUGACAAAAAGCAAUCUGCCCAAGCUGGGCAUGGUGGUGUGCACCUGUAGUCCUAGCUACGAGGGAGGCUGAAUGGGGAGGAUCCCUGGAGCCCAGGAGGUAGAGGCCACAGCGGGCUAUGAUCACACCACUGCACUCCAGCCUGGGUGACACAGUGAGACCCUGUCUCAAAAAAAGAAAUAAAAAUAAAAAUUUAGUAAAAUACCUGCCCAGUUCAUCUCACAGUUCUGUAUUAGGAGCUAAUAAGCUAAUGCAUGUGAAAAUCAUAUUAAAGCAACUACAUUCAACAACUUCUUCAGAAAAAGGGGGGCUGGGCAAAGUGGCUCACAUCUGUAAUCCCAGGACUUUGGGAGGCCAAGGUGGGAGGAUAUCUUGAAGCCAGGAUUUCAAGACCAGCCUAGACAAUAUUGCACAAAAGAAAGGUCGAGAAAGAAAAAAACAAGUCAUUCAGGGAUGGUCCCGGUGGCCAGUCGGAAAGGUGAGAGACUCGGGCUUUGAAAACCAUUCACAAUCUGCCCUUUAACUUCAAUGCCCUCCCUCCGGACUGCGCCGGAGCAGACGAUUCAAUUGACUCCUUUUGUAUCCGGUUUAUUGCUCAGAAUCCCUAGGGUCUAGAUUUGCUCUCAGAAGAAACGCGCCCCGCUGAGCCGCUCUCGGAGGCAGCCCCUCCCGUCUCCCCAUUCCUUUCUCCGGGCCGGGGAGGGCAGGGGAGGCUGCCACUGAGCCGAUGUCGCUGGGGACCCGCACCAGGCACCAGAGCCAGGCUCCGGAGCGGCGUCCCACAGGUGCGCUCCCAGCCCCCGUGCUGCGUCUGGAACGCCUUGGGAGUGGGCGCGGAUCACCUUCCAAGGACACCCGCAUAUACUCUGCAAACUGUGCAAAAGCCCUUGAAAAGUCCAGAGAUGGGAUAGAAGACCCCAGCGGAACCCAGGCCGGAACCCCGCGCACCUCGGAUAAGGGGGUAGCGGAAAGCACCCACCUGGCCUCUGAGGGCAGUACCCUUAGAUUGCCCAGGCUGCCGCGGAGGAGGACGAUCGCCGCGCGGCCUCCGCUCUCGCCGUCUGGGCCACCGGCGCGCACCCCUGGGAACUUCUCUGGCCGCGUGUAGACGCGGCGCGCGGCUGCCCCAGCCCCAGGGCAGAAGGACCCGGCUCAGCGCGAGCGCGGGUAGCCAGCGAGCAACGCGGGACGCAGGUGCCCCUGGAGCCGCGCGCGGGGCAGGUACAGAAUCCAGUAUGCGGAGGCAGAGGAGAGGGAGGAAAGCGGUGCGAGGAGCCCCGGGCCGCGCGACCCCGCCUUUUCCUCGCCCCAGGAACUUCCAAAGGGAGCAAAACGCCCCCCACCCCCGCCCACCGCCGAGCCUCCGGGCCCCCUCGCCGCCGGCACACCGCGCUCUGAUUGGCUGGCGCGGUGGGUCCCUGGCACGCGCCUGUGGAUGUUGUUAUAAGAAUCCUCGCGUGCCGGCCCUCAGCUCCAGCAAGUCCUCCACAGCCCUCCCCAGCGCAGCGCGGGCGCGGGCCAGAGCGCAGCGGCCGCGGGCACUCCAGGGAAGCCCGGGGGCGGGUAGCCCAGCGGCUGCCUAGCUGCCCCCAGCCAGGGCCCCGGGAGGGAGGGGCCCGGACGGGCCACCGAAACUUACCAAGAACACGCACAGCCUGGCAGUCCCGCUGCCCACUGCGGCGGCAAGAAUGGACGCGGUGCUGUUGGAGCACUUCCCUGGGGGCCUAGACGCCUUUCCUUCUCCGUACUUCGACGAGGACGACUUCUUCACCGACCAGUCUUCACGGGACCCCCUGGAGGACGGCGAUGAGCUGCUGGCGGACGAGCAGGCCGAGGUGGAGUUCCUUAGCCACCAGCUCCACGAGUACUGCUACCGCGACGGGGCGUGCCUGCUGCUGCAGCCCGCGCCCCCGGCCGCCCCGCUAGCGCUCGCCCCGCCGUCCUCGGGGGGCCCCAGUGAGCCAGACGGCGGCGGCGGCGGCUACUGCUGCGAGACGGGGGCGCCCCCAGGCGGCUUCCCUUACUCGCCCGGCUCGCCGCCCUCGUGCCUGGCCUACCCGUGCGCCGGGGCGGCAGUACUGUCUUCCGGAGCGCGGCUGCGCGGCCUGAGCGGAGCGGCGGCGCGGCGGCGUCGGCGGGUGCGCUCCGAGGCGGAGCUGCAGCAGCUGCGGCAGGCGGCCAACGUGCGCGAACGGCGGCGCAUGCAGUCCAUCAACGACGCCUUCGAAGGGCUGCGCUCGCACAUCCCCACGCUGCCCUACGAGAAGCGCCUCUCCAAGGUGGACACGCUGCGCCUGGCCAUCGGCUACAUCAACUUCCUCAGCGAGCUCGUGCAGGCCGACCUGCCCUUGCGCGGCGGUGGCGCGGGCGGCUGUGGGGGGCCGGGCGGCGGCGGGCGCCUGGGCGGGGACAGCCCGGGCAGCCAGGCCCAGAAGGUCAUCAUCUGCCAUCGGGGCACCCGGUCCCCAUCCCCCAGCGACCCUGAUUAUGGCCUCCCUCCCCUAGCAGGACACUCUCUGUCAUGGACUGAUGAAAAACAACUCAAGGAACAAAAUAUUAUCCGAACAGCCAAAGUCUGGACCCCAGAGGACCCCAGAAAACUCAACAGCAAAUCUUCCUUCAACAACAUAGAAAACGAACCACCAUUUGAGUUUGUGUCCUGAGAAGUCCCAGACUCGGCUGAGGAUCUGAUUAUGUCUCUGUGCAUAUUGUACAUGUAAAUAUCUAUAAUGUAAAUGUAAUUUAAGAAUCAAAUUUUUCUAAUGGCAAUCAACUUUAUUAUUUAUCUAUUUAUUCUGUUGAGUUGAUGAAAUAGAUGAUUUCUUUUUAAAUAUAUAAUUUAUAUAAUUUAUCUUGAUUUUCUGAAAAUAUGCAAUAGCCUAUGAUUUUCCUGAACUCUGUGUUGUUGGGAGAACUCUGGCCAGAAAACGUCCUGCUUAUUUAUUGCCAGAUAUGGUUUAUUUCUAAGCGUUGUCAAUAAAUGCAUUUACACCUUUUCCUGAA